AAAUCAACAAUCUUUGCUAUCCCCGUCCUGUCAGCCAGAUUUGUCAAGCGAAGUAUCAAGGUUACUACCGUGAUUCUGUUUCUUAGGAAUGUAAUGUCAGCUUACUGACUAUAUCUGCUCAACUAUAUAAAGUUCAUUAUAUUCGUAGCAUUAUGAGUUAUAUUUGCACAUUUGCUUUAUUUAUUAGAAUCUUUAUAUUAGUAUGUUUUGCAUCUGUAUCAACAGAAGGACUUAAGAGAUGUUUCAAGUGCCGUUCACGAGGAGACCUGGGUAGUUGUAAAGAUCCGUUCUUGUACAGUAACGCCACGGCUGUGGAGCAUGUAGCAGGGGUGGAGACGGUACCAUGUGCCUCUGGCUGGUGUGGUAAGGUGCUCGAGGGAGGGGCUAAUUCCUUUAAAGAUGAAGAGUACGGAAUGGCAACAGAACGCACAUGUCUGGUGCGUGGCCCCUCAGACUCAGAGGAACGAUGUGCACCCACUCUCCGCGGCAACACCAGGGUCAUGAUGUGCUUCUGUCAGGGGGAUCUCUGCAACUCCGCCCCCACCUUACCUGUGUCCACACUUCUCCUGCUGACACCUAUCGUCAUUGUGGGCUUGACAUGUAGAUAGGUCAAGAGUUCAUUAUUUAAUUGAAUGUGAUUCAGCUAUUUUGAUUUAAAAGAGUUUUACUUUUCUUUGAAAUUUUAAACAACUUAUUCAAAUUUUAUUCAAAGUAAUACGUUUAAAACGUAACUUACUUACUUUGUAAAAUGUUUUAUCUUCCAAAUUUUAUUGAAAGUGAUAUGUUUAAAAUGUAACCGACUUAAUUUGUAAAGUGUUUUAUCUUCCAAAUUUUUAGUUGAUUUUGCUUCUGUUUUACAGCUUUUUCUGUUUUUUUGAAUUCUUUGAGAUAUCAUUUCAUAACAUUUAGAGGAUAAUACAGUAUUAGCGUUUUACAGCUUAAUCUGGUGAGAUUUUGUUGAUUUAUAAUGACAAAACCUCUUGUUACAAUCUUGGUAACAAAAUGUUACCAAGAUUGUAGUGUAAUCGAAAUUAGGAAUGCUGAGUGAAUGUAAAUUCUUGAAUAUAGCCAGUAGCUAUAGAAGAUUAUUAAUUGCAAAGCAGUUAAAUUGAUUUUAGUAUUAGAACAUUUUUAAGCAACCAUAACCGGACCCUGUGUAGGUGGGUUUAGUGUGAUGGGUUACCUAUAUUGUUUGAAGUAAAAAACAUAUACAUUUAUCUUAUUUAAAAGUAUAUAUAUAUAUAUAUAUAUAUAUAUAUAUAUAUAUAUAUAUAUAUAUAUAUAUAUAUUUUAUUUAACAGAUAGGUGAAAAUUAUAAUACUCAUAUUUUUUAUAUUGUGUACAUCAUCUAUUCGUACAGCACUGCCUAGACAUUAGGACAAACGUUUUAUACAUGAUUUAUUUUUUAUAACCAUUGAAAAGCAUUUCUUGCAUUAGUUGUGAUAACUGUAUAUUUUUAUAAACAGUGUUAACAAAUUGUGAAUGUUGUUAUAUGGCAUUUUUAAGCCUUUUUUAUUGAGUGUUAUAGCAGUACUGUGAUAAAAUAAUUGCUUAGCAAUAUAUUUUAUAAGAUUUUA